AUGGCCUUGGCAGAUUCCAUCAAGGAGGCACAAGCCAGAAGCACUGACCAUGGGAUUGCUCUCGACCCCAGGGUUGAAAUUUCGAGACCAGGUACCUGGAAGGCCUUUGAGGAGCUUUUGAUAUUGAAGACUGAGGGCUGGCAUCGACGAGGAGGCCAGGGUCCUUGGUACGAUGUAGUGCAUUUUGAUGUCCACGGCGCAAUCCUGCGGGACCGUUCGUAUCUACUGUUUCUCGAUCCCACCGGAGAAAAAGCACACGCAAAACAGGCAUCAGUUGUCGGAAGUCUUCUGGCUUCCUGCAAGAUCGAAUUUGUCUUGCUAAACUCCUGUGAAUCAGCAAAAGUCGAUGGGCCUGCCGCGGCUUGCCUAGUCCGCACAUUUACUCAGGCUGGUAUAAACACGGCCGUCGGCAUGUCUCACAAACUCACUGGCACAGCUGCCAAGUGCCUUGUCAGAGCUUUCUACCUGAAUCUCUUUUCCCGUACGGCGCCUGACUUCUUUCAGGCAAUAUUGGCCGCCAGGGAUGCCUUGCAGACUUCACCUGAGAGAUUGGCAAGAUACAACCUCAAAGUACAGCUUAGCGAUUCUAUCUUACCCGUUGUGUACCGGAUGUCAAAUGCCGAUCGGCCAUUUGCCAGGUGGAACGAGAUGCAUGAUUCUUCUCAUGCUGUAAAGAACACUCCGGCUGAUAUAGACGCAAUCAGGUCCUUCAUCUCUACUGAAGCCCUCCAAAAGCCAUCAACCAAUCUUGCAGGCCGGGAGUUUGCCGUUCUGGAUAUGGAGUGGGCACUAACUAAACCAAUAGCAAAUGAAAUAAAUGACGAAGCUCCGCCAUAUGGAAAGAUAGUGAUUCUUCAUGGGAGUGCAGGAGUCGGAAAGACGACAUUCGCACUCUUUCUCGCUUUCUGGUGGUUCGAAACAGAGAUGAUUGAAACAGGGUUUUAUCGCUCUCAAGUGAAAGAGCAUCUGGAUGUCAUUGUGGAAGAAAUGGCAAAAAACGAUGUCCUCGGGGUGACAGCAGGGAGUAAGCCGCGCCUUCUCAUUGUCGAUCAACUUGAUGCAUGCGUUGAGCCACUGACAGACGACCCUUGGGACGAUCAUCAAAUGCUUCAAUUUGCUACAGCAAUCCAUCAGGUUAUGGCUAGAGGGCACCAUGUGUUGUUGGUUACACGUAUCAAAGACCCUUGGUCCAUCACCUUCCCAUCAGCAGUAUACCAUCACCUUAAGCCGCCUUCUCCAUACGAUGCAAGUGUUCUUGUGGGAGACAUACUCAAGGGAUUGCGUCUUGGGAGCCCGGUGGGCGGUAGCAGUGAAGCUAAAUUUGUUGAUUGCUUGAAUCACAUCUGGCAAUACAAUCCUCUUGCCAUGUGUGAGAUAUGGAGCGAACUGGAUUACUUCCGUGAUUCAAAUUUGAUAACUAGCAUACGCGACUUCUUUGAUCGAGUAGUUAGUUAUCAAUGCCCGAUAUUCUUUGGAGCUGGCGACGGCAAUUUUGAUGAAUGCAUGGACUUUAUCAACAGCUUCCCAGCCAAAGGCAAUAGACGGAGGGAGCAGACAAUGUUAAUUCUAUCAACCCUGGCAACAACAUGCGGCAUAUUUUCCCAGGAAUAUUUUAAACUAGUCCAUCUCAACUGCAGCCUUUCUAAGUUUGGCCGCAUGUUCGACCCUAAUGACGGCAUAGUUAGGGCAUUCAUAUCGGACGUUCUUGUUCCCUCUGGCUGGGUAGAGGAAGUGGAAGGAAUCGUUGGUGUGCCGGUGACAUACUACCGGAUUCAAACUAUGUUUCUCAGUGCCAUGAGAGUAUCCCGGCAAACGCCAAUAUCUGAUAGAGUUGGCGGUGAUUACAUGGCGUGGAAUUUCACAGAGUUUCUGAUUCGCCGCGCAGCAACAUGGAACUUGUCUAAUCCACGUUACGUCCGACAGACCGAGCUAGAAGCCUGCAACUUCCUCAAGGCAUUUGACAUGUGUCUGGCCGACAUCAAAAGACCGCUGGGAGGAAUCGUCAAUAGAGACAACUGGGGCACAGUGGGUUGUUACGCAUUGAUAAACUUGCUGUGGUCUUAUGACGGCCAUCAUCCGCUUCUCUCCAAGGAGACCAUUUUAUUGCCACGCCUCGUUGAGCUUACUGAUAUACUGAAGGAGAAAGUUGCAGGCCAAUUGAUUGAAGAGGGCCAUGGCACUGAUAAUCUCACCCUUCUGCUCUCGGCUACUCUUUCUCUCGCAGAAUAUUAUUUCAUGAAAGACCCUUCGGCGACGAGGCGUUAUACAGAGGAGGCAUUGAAGCUAGUAGUCUCUUAUCCUUCUCACCUGGAGAUGUGGAACAAAGUCAAAUGGAAAAGGCUAGCUGACUGUGCUUUUUACUGGACUUUCUCAAUGCUUUAUUUGAGGAGGCCUGUCAAACCCUCAGAAGGGUUUGGGGUAGUACUUCGCAUCGCCCGCCUUCUUGGUCGCAAGGCUGAUGGGACCGAAGUUGAUCUCAAAUCCGUCAGGCCACUAGAUCACGAACCAGGAGAUCCAAACAGCUUGGAGAUACAUAUGAGUCCAUAUGAACAGAGUGAAAGGAUACGAGCCUUUAAUGAUGUCAAUCCAUAUGCCUACUCGGCGGCUCUUCUCCGACAUAGAGCAUUGACGGGAAUUGCCCAUUACUACCGCAGUCUUGGAGACCCGAGAAGUGGCCAGUGGGACGAUAAAGCGAACGAUGUGUUUGCUGUGAUUAUGUGCAUGUGGCCGAGGGAUCUCAGAACAUACUUUUUAAAAUUGACCAUGGACGAAACCAUCGAAUUUGACGCUCGAGAUUUCAGUUUCGCCUGCUUGGGCCUGGCUAAUCAACUCCCAUUUGCCCUCGACAUGGUCAGAGCACAACAGCUACGGGCAGCUGGGAGCGAGACAGAGGCAAAAGAUCGACUUCUUGACAUAGUGGCACGAUGCUACCAAGACGGAUAUCUCGCGGGAGAAUAUGCUUGCCAGAUAAAUCUGGCGGAAUUGGCUAUCAGCGUUGGCAACUUGAAUGAGGCAUUGGUGUCUAUAGACCGCUUAUGCGUCAUCCGCGACAGCGCCCCUGGUGGCCCAUGGAUCCGAGGUGGUUUAGUUGAGACUUUCGAAUGUUGUCUAUACGGUUCGGCCUAUUUACAGGCAGGAAGGCUGAUGGAUGCGCUCUACUGCUUCGAAAAGCCAGUUAUCAAAGCGAUGGUUCCGAAUUAUUGCGACCUAUCAAUUUUGAAGAAGAUUUGGGAGAGAACUGAUCAAGAUGCACCAGGAGUCGCUGUGUCUCUGUCCAUAUAUCUGGUAAGGUCCGGGCUCGUAUACUUAUUUCUUCUCCCGGUCCUUUUGAACAGUGUCAGGGGAAAGCCAAUCAGUAGGGAGAAAGUACAGGAGCUGGACGAUAUCGCCGUAAAGGCCAUCAUGAGGGAGGCGAGGAGGCAUUGGAACCUAUCUAUCACGCCAUUUCCGACGCCCAAACCUCUCGAAAUCGAUUUAGAAAUAUGGCAAGAUACCAUAAUAAUUGACCCAGCGGGUUUGACGCUUACCAAGGGACGGGGUCUGACUUUGAAUCAAUUAAACAGCUUGCUCGGUCCGAUAGAGAGAAAAACAUCGGUAUGGCUCGAGAGCCAAUGUGAGCAGGAACUGGAUGAUGCGAUUAAGGAAGGUAGAAUUAAGGAAGCAGGAGUUGAAGAGAAAGUAGACUUCUCUAAACUUGAGGAUCUUAUUCCUUCUCUGAAAGAGGCUAUGGACGAAAUACCUGAUUAUGGUAGCUGGGCAAGACAACUAGUCAAGAAUGAGCAAAUCGGUAGCUAG